UGUUCCAUGUAGCAACCCGCAGGUCCAAAGUGCCAGCUCCGGCGCACACGCCAGACAAAGCCGGCCUUUGCCCCGGAGAGCUCCCAAAGCCUGCUCCAGCUCUCCCGCGGGGGUGUCUGUCUAGGGACGUUUCCCCCCUCCCCUUCCAGUUCUCACUCUCUUUCCUCCUGUCUCUCUGUCUAGCUGGAGCGCCGGUUACCUCCUUCCCAGCACCCGCAGUGCCGUUGCUAUGUCCCUGCCGGGAAGCAGACGGCCCUCCACCGGCUCUCGAAGGUGAAUACGUCCAACCUAUUGUCCCCUGGAGGAGGAGAGUGCAGUCUCUGCAGUGCCUUUGCCCAUAAGAUGCAAACUAGCGGCCAGUUUCCUACUCCUCCCAAAUGCAGUGAGAAUGCAGGAGUCGCUCUGGCGCGCCCCUCUCCCCCCGUGAGCAUGCGGGACACCUACGGCACCUCUUCGCUGAGCAGCAGCAGCAACUCGGGCUCCUGCAAGGGCAGCGACAGCAGCCCCACCCCAAGGCGGCCAAUCAAGUAUAGCCUGUGCAGCGACAACCAUGGCAUAAAACCCCCCACUCCUGAGCAGUACCUGACCCCCCUCCAGCAGAAGGAGGUCUGCAUUCGGCAUCUGAAGGCCCGGCUGAAGGAUACCCAAGAGAGACUCCAGGACAGGUAAGUGCUGGUGCAGGUGAGCAGGUAACAGGAGGAGCCCAACAUCAGUGCACGCGAGGGAAUGAGAAGGCUGUUGUUGGAUGUGCAGGAACGCCGCAGAAUCCUAGA